AUGGAUCCACCGCAGCAUCGAGACGCAUUGCCAGAUCUAGACAAUGCUCGUGAUGGAUUUGGUGAUGACGAGAUUGAGCACGAGAUGAUGUCUGGAUCUUCUCAGUCAGAGAGAGCAUGUCUCCGCCCUUGGACUCCAUCAGUAUAUCACAUCCCUCUACCUGAAAAAGCUAUUGCAUUACAAAAAAAAUGCGAUAGGAACUUCAAAAUUAGGAGAGAUUAUAUUAAAAGAAAGGAGCGUGCCAUAAAACAAAGACUAGAUAAAGCUAUGGCUGAUCUAAUGAGGGAAAGGGAGAAACCCGGUAGACAUGGGAGUGAGGAAAAGACGAAAGUACCUCCGAAAGGGUACCGGGCCAUUUUGGAGUGGAAGGGCAACAUUCCUGUUGGGGAUUGGGCCGUCAGAUUUAAUAACCUGAUAGGUUGUUUAAUAAGAGAUCCAUGCUCAAUUAACAUUGCUCAUAACUUUGAGGAGCAAGAAUUUAAAGGCAUAAAGGAGAUUUGGGUGAAGCUCAUGGAUCAUUAUUGUCUUGAGGACAACCCAGAGUCUUGGGAUUAUGUUAUCCCUAAAAUGGCCAAGCUUAUUCGGGGUUGGAAGAGUGCUCUAAAAAAUAGAUAUUUUACAAAAAUAUCUACUGAUUGGAAGAGGAUCUAUGAGCUUGAUAAGAGAGUUUAUCCAUUUAAUUGGAUGACUCUCAUUAUCGAGUGGGAGGGUGAGAAGAAGAAAAUAUGUGAGACAGCAUCGGUGAAUCGCAAAAUGAAGAUAUACGAUCACUUCUUAGGAUCUACUCCUUAUGCUCGGAUCGAGCAUAAGUAUUUGAGUGAAAACCCGGUAUGA